AUGCAUCCUACCGCUCCUUUUUCGCUCAUGCCGGUGGCCAUGACCAAUCAUUCCAUCAUUAUCGAGGCUCCAGAUGACGCUUGUGGGUACCUCAAUGGCUUGGAAAGGUCUCGAUUUGGAUGCCAUGAGAACUCAGAAAAGUGCGCCAUCUACUAUCCGAGUUCAUCGGUAGCAGCUACAACAGCCAUAGAUGCAACCGUGCUUCCUAUGAUUACACCCGCUCCACAGCCCUCCAUUAUCUGCUGCGUACCCUCUGGAGGGGACUGCACUGUUCAACCGACCGCCUGUGUCGAUUCCGUCGAGGAUUGCAUAGGCAUUUCUUCUAGUGACCCCAUGACGCUCAAAUGCACGACUGGGGCACACCGUCACUGCAAUCGUGCGCAUUUCGAAUCACCACUGCAAUUUCGCGACAUUGAGGCCCUGGAUGCUGGAAUGCGACUUACCGACGCACCUGCUGAUGGCUGGUUCUGUGGCCCUUCUGCCAUACCCAUAGGUCAUGCAGAUACAUCGCACAGCAAAUCCGCCUCGAUGACCCAUAUGAGUCACCAUUCAACCAGUCAAUAUACCACGCUCAGCGUCACGAUUACUUUGUCGAAGCCUGGACUAGAACCUAGACCACCAUACAUACCUCUUCCAACCGGAGCUGUCGCCCCCACAGAUACCGCCCCCGGAGAUGUCGACUGCACUGACGAGUCAGCUGGCAGCGAUGAUUAUGAUUGCUGCACCGAUGAACCCAGCACUCCCGAGCCUUGUUGUAAUGACGCUCAUCGGGGGCGGCUACGGCGAAGACAAGCCAUCGAUGGCUCAACGACCACUGCCUUACCAGCGGCAGCACCAGGAGAGCCUAUCACCAGAGGAUCCGCCAUCGUCUCUACAGCGUAUAUAGGUCAGACAGACCGCGCUCCAUUCGUCGAGGCGACCAGACCCUGGAAUGUUAUUAUCCCCACGGCGGUUGCAAACUUUUCGAAAAACACUACCGGUCCCAGACUUCGGCCUUUACCUCCAAAGAAGAAGUCCCAACUCAGCAAAAGAGCCAAAGUCGCCAUUGGUGUCUCGGUCUCAUUGCUAGCGCUGAUAGCCAUUGGCUGCAAAUUAUGGAAGAAAUAUGGGCGCCCGCCAGCCCCAAGCCAACCGAAUUCGGAACAUGAACUGAAUGAAAGUCAAGUCGACAUUUCAGGGAGGACAACGAGAUACGAGGACUUUACUCGAAUGAAGCGCAGGGUCGCGAAUCUGAGCCGGCCACAUGAUAUCCUCGAUUUUGGAGACGUGCAAGGGCAGCCAAGCGCAGCUUUCGAAAGGCAGCAACAUAUCUCUCCUGAAUCUGGGGCAGCCGCGGAUGACGAAUCGGCAGAGAUGGAGGCAUAUGUGAAUAUGAUGGGCAUCGGAUCCGCUACAUACGAGGAAAGGAAUACUGUUUAA